GUAAUUGAUUUGAUAUGAGAAGGGAAAGGAAUGGAUGUGGCGCAAAAUUAGGAGGAGAGAGGGAAGGAAGAGGAAUGUUGAAACAGAAAUGAGUCAAAUUGAUGUAGAAAGGGAAAUGAAAUUGGAAUCCCAAUCAAUCCAGGCACUUCCACCCAAAAUCCAGCUAAAACCAAGAAAACCCCAUUCCAUCUCCACCACCAAUCCAAUCUCAUCAUCAUGUUAAGCCUCAAGCAGACAUCGAUAAUGGCCGCCACUUUCCAUGUCCACAAUCCUUUCUUCUUCUAUUCAUCGAAUUCUCCCCGCAGAGCCCUCCACGUUUGGCUACGAUCCGUUUCCGCCACCGCCACCGGCCGCUAUUCCCUUGGACUCCCCCAACCGCUGCCGCCGGUUCCGUCGGGAGGCGGUGAUAGAGAUUCAGUGAUUUAUGGAGGUGGAAUUGGAUGGACUUCAGCACCUAACAAUCGCCUAGUGUACGAAAAGGGCCCUCCUAAAAUUUUAGGGUUUCGUAGCGGUUAUAAUAAAUGUUUUUCGAUUGGGUCUAAAAGGUGUAAUUCCAUUUCGUCGGAAAAAAGAGGAGGGGUUUUUGGGUUAGGAUCAGGCUCUGCUUCUGAUUCUGCUUCUCCUCCAUCUGCCGGCUCUGAAUUUGUAGCUGAUAUGGGUUCAGAGAGCAAGGAUCAUAACAAUGGCUGGUAUCAAGACGACUUGGACAGCCAGAGCCAAUCGCCAUUAAUGCACCAACAUGAGCCACAACGUUCCAAAUUGCUGACAUUGCCCACCAUUCUGACGCUUGCCCGAGUGGCCGCUGUCCCGAUAUUUGUUUGUACCUUCUAUGUCGAUAAUUGGUGGGGAACGACUGCGACAACUAGUAUAUUCAUUGCUGCAGCAGUUACAGACUGGCUCGAUGGUUAUAUUGCUCGGAAGAUGAGGUUAGGUUCUGCUUUUGGUGCAUUUCUUGAUCCAGUAGCUGAUAAGCUUAUGGUUGCUGCCACACUGAUUUUACUAUGUACACAACCUUUGGAGGUUUCUGUGUUUGGUCAUGUUCCUUGGCUUCUGACUCUACCGUCAAUUGCAAUUAUUGGCCGGGAGAUAACCAUGUCUGCAGUUAGAGAAUGGGCUGCUUCCCAGAAUAGCAAGCUUUUAGAGGCUGUGGCCGUAAAUAACUUGGGGAAGUGGAAAACAGCAACACAGAUGAUUGCACUAACCACCCUUCUGGCUAGCCGAGACAGCAGUCUUGGAGGAUCUGGAAUUUUAGUAGCAACUGGUGUGGUCUUAUUGUACAUAUCAGCUUGGCUUGCCGUGUGGUCACUAUUUGUUUAUUCCCGCAAGAUCUCGAAAGUUUUGUUUCGCUAGCACAACCCGACCCAACCUUUCGAUCCUCUUCGUUUUUGUUUGACCACACAUGCAAGAGCUAGGUCAUCCUAUGGCCAAAAUUGACUGAUUGCUUGAUCUGUUGGUGGGUGAUGCCCAUUAGAGACUGCUGAAGCCAGUUUCUCAAGUGACAUGCAGCCUGUGGAUGAUUUAUAAGAAGACAGCAGCCAUAGUUACAGACCUGCUGAAGCUGAAACUGGAAGUUUGGACUGAGGUCUGAUGUAACUAUAAAUUUACUGACUAUUUAAAAAAGAAAUUAUAUAAAGUGGCACUUUAUCACAUGCUCGUUGUUAUUUAAAUUCAAUCCCUUGAGUAUUCUUGUCAAUGCUGCGAUAAACCUGACAUUUUCCAGGGAUGCUGAGUUUUCAAGAUUUGUAGAUAUUCUUUUUCUUUGAAAUUUUUAGAUGAAA